GGUGAGGGGUGAGGAAACCGAUGGGAAGCUUUCCCACUCUGGUACAGGUCUAACUAGCUGAGCAUGGCUUCAGUCUGGCAUUCCCGUCCACACAGAGAUGGGUUAACAGGGACACGGUCAACAGGGUUUAGAUGUGAGGACGUGCUGAGAGUGUGAAACAGGAGGACUUGUACGACUUUCUAAAAUGUGAUGGAUCCUCUUCAAAGGAAAAAUGCAACAAUCCAGAGACAAGAUGCAAGCGUCACUGACCCGCCUCUUACUGAUGAUCCACUUGGAAUGAAUAUUUACGAGUGUCUUGAUAAUGAAACCAAUGUGUAUGAGAGCACCUUGGAUGGGAUCAUAUCCCCAAAUGAAUUAUUUCCCAAACCCCAAGGUCAUGGGGGAAAAGGGCCUUCGAAUACAAAUGGACCUCCCCCAGUCCCUCGCCCUCGCCUACUACUCAGAAACAGGCUUCCUAGUGCAUGUUUACCAGUUAGACAAGGCAGUGAACGUCCUCCCCUUCCCCCCAGGUCACGAAUAUCCCUCAGCAACAUCAAAAAGCAGUCUUCCUUUGACUUGACUGUGCCUGCUACUAAACUGAAUCGUGCCAGGACAGAAAUAGACAAUCAUGACCCAUGGACCAUCACAGUAACAGACACUCCACAAGGCAGCACAAAGGGCCUGGCUUCUUUUUGCGCUGCAACCUCCAAACUUGUGUCACGGUACAGGCACGGAGACAGCGUUCAAAACUCAGGUGUGGUAUGGAGUCGAGUGUUACAAAUCCACCCUGCCCUGCUGCAGCAGGUGGAGGUGACUGUCAGUGUGGCCACUGAGUGGGGCAAUCACCAGCUGCCCUUCCCCACUGCAGUGAACAGGACAGUGAAGAGUCUGAUUGAGCAGAUCUUCCAGCUGCUGGACCUCACUCCCAGCACAACUGGGCAGCAUUAUUUAAAACUGUGCGACUCUGAUGAGUAUCUCCACAAUGAAGAACUUCUGGGCAUGCAUGAGACUAUUCAGAUCUACUCCAAGUUUGAACUAGAGGUCCCACUCCGACUGCUCCACGUGAACAACCUCACACACCGUCUGGACAGGGAUGGGGAGGACGACCGAGCCUCAUGCCAGCUGUACCAGCUCCUGCGUCCUGUCUGUGUGUUCAACACCUGCAGGUUGAGCCUGCAGGAUGUGCUGAGUAGCUACAACAGAGAGGUGACAGAGCUAAUGAGAAUGAAGUCUGGGAUGAACGUUAAUGUGCUCGUGGUCCGUGUUCGCACCAUUAGCAAUCUUCUGUGCGGGCUCUCGUGUCAGGAGCUGGAGGACGCUAUUGGCCGGCUCAACAGAAUCAACCCCAUACCUCUGAGUCAUGAUGAGAUGUCUGAAUGUGAAACUGCCAUGCUCAUGCUCCACAAGGCACUGCUAAAAGUGCUGCAGAUCUUUUUUGACAACUUCCAGUCAGACUUCAGAGGUCAGGAGGUCACCAGAAACGUGGAAAUACUUGACGUGGAGGACAACACUGAAAUCACCCAAUUCCAUAUGUCUGCUCUGUACCAACUACAACCCACCUGGUUGACCAGUUACGAGAGCUUCUCUGUUUCCUGUGAGUUGACGUACGGAGGAACAAAGAUAUGUGAGACUGGCAUGUCGGAAAAUAUCAGCACCGCAUUGUCAUAUGCAAACAAGAUCCAGUGUAAUCGCAUGAUGGUGUUUCCUGUUCCAGUAAAUCAGUUGCCUUAUGAGAGCAUGUUGACAUUUCGCCUCAAGGGCUCCAAGCGAGGCAAGAACCCCGAGCUUUUAGGCUGGGCGGUACUACCUGUGUACAGCGACAGGACUCUGGUAAUGGGGACCGUUCUGCUCAGUCUGUCCACACUGAAUGAGCUGCCUGCCCCUCCCUCCCCUGCCCUGUUUGACAGCCACAGACGAGCCAUCGGGGUCAUACUGCAGCUCGAGUUUCAAGAUCAGUUUGAGUGGAAGUAUCAGAGGCCCGUCGCCCUCCCCGGUUCAAUCCUUUUUACUCAGCCUUGUGAGGACUUGCAAAAGAAAAUGUUGAAAGUCUCUAAGAAGCAGUGCCUCUGCUUUCUAACAAAAAAUGAGAGGGCCUUCCUCUGGAGUAAGCGACACUGCAGUGACAAAGGAAGUACUUUCCUCCACCUGCUGCUGGGUGGGGCCCUCCGGUGGCAGCCUGAAGAUUUGACAGAAAUCUAUUCUGUUGUAGAGAACUGGCUCCUCGAGCUACCCGAGGAGGCCCUCUUCCUGCUCAGCGACAGUUUUCAUGAUCAGACCGUGCGGAGGGCUGCAGUUCAGUACUUUGAACAGAUCCCAGACGGAGAGCUUGAGGAGUUUUUGCCACAGUUGGUCCAGGCUCUGAAGAGUGAGUGGGAGCUGGAUGGACCUCUGGUGAUGCUGCUGUUGGAGAGAUCACUGAAGAACAUACGGAUUGCCCAGCAACUCUACUGGCUGCUGGAGGAUGCCCACACUGACCCCUACUACCAGAGUUGGUUCAGUAAGGUUCAGGCUGCCCUGCGGCACUGUUGUGGUCGGGCACUGAGGCAGGAGCUGGAGCAUGAAACCCGCCUGGUGUCUGUGCUUGUGCAGGUGGCUGAGAAGGUUCGCACUGCCGAUAAGGCUCAACGUAAGAAUGUGUUGAACAAAGAGAAGUCGAAGAUUAAUGAUUUCUUCAAAGAUGGGAUCAGCUGCUGUCUGCCACUGGAUCCUGCAGUCCGUGUAAAGGCAUUGGACAUGGAGGCCUGUAAGUUCUACAACUCCAAUGCUGCUCCCCUGGGGAUCUCAUUCAUCUGCUCAGACCCUCUGGCUAAGAACAUCAGUGUAAUCUGCAAGACGGGAGACAACCUGCGUCAGGACAUGCUGGUGCUUCAGAUUGUCCGUGUGAUGGACAGAGUUUGGCUCGAGGAGGGUCUGGAUCUGCGAAUGAUCACCUACAGGUGUCUUUCUACAGGCAGAGCUCAGGGCCUGGUGGAAGUGGUUCCAGAGGCAGUGACCCUCGGGAAGAUUCAGCAGGAGUGGGGUCUGGGGGGCACCCUUCGAGAAGACACACUGGAGAAAUGGUUCCACGUGAGGAACAAAACUACUGACGACUAUGAGAAGGCUGUGUUGAAUUUCAUCCACUCGUGUGCAGGGUGGUGUGUGGCCACCUUCAUCCUGGGGAUCUGUGACCGCCACAAUGACAACAUCAUGUUGAGACACAGUGGACACAUGUUUCACAUCGACUUUGGCAAAAUAAUGGGCAAUGCACAGAAGUUUGGAAGCUUUAAAAGGGACCGAUCACCAUUCAUCUUUACAUCUGAGAUGCAGCACUUCAUCACAGGUGGGGGGCAGAAGCCUCAGCGCUUGCAUCGCUUUGUGGAGCUCUGCUGUGAAGCUUACAACAUAAUCAGAAAGCGCUCUGCACUGAUACUCAGCUUGUUGGAGCUGAUGCUACAUGCAGGAAUGCCAGAACUUAAGGACUCUAAUGACCUGCAGUAUGUCCAGAACAACCUCAGACCUCACGACACAGACCUGGAGGCCACAUCCUACUUUACAAAGAAGAUCAAGGAAAGCAUGGAUUGUGUUGCUGUCAAGUUUACCUUCCUGACACACAGCAUGGCUCAAGGGAAGAAACAAGACCCACGGACCCCUAACGGCAUCCCUGCUCCCAGCACCAACAUCCAAGAAGCUGUCAUCCAGGGUUACAUAGCCAAGGGAAAAGAUGUGAUCUAUUCCCUGAGAGUAACCAUUCAUGAUGGUUUUCUGAACAGUGAAAAGACAUUUGGGCAGUUUGAACUGAUCCAUAAGGAGCUGCAGAAACACUUCAUUGAAUCGAUGCUGCCUCAGUUUCCCAGCUGGUUUAAGAUGUCCUUCACACCGGGGAGGAGGAUGUCUCUGCUGAAUACGUACCUGAAACAGCUUUUUGAGGGACCAUGCAAGGGAAAUGAAUAUGUGUGCAGCUUGUUCCUGGAUGGCCCCAACACAGACCAAGAAAGUGUGGUUACAGGAGGCUGUCCUCAGAUCCAGCUCCACAUUUCUUACUCUGACUGUAAGCUCUCGGUCCUGGUGAAACACCUGAAGAACAUUAAGAAUGCAAACGGCUCUAAUCCUGACGCUUACGUGGUCUUGCAUCUGAGACCGGACCCCGAUCUGCGCUUCAGGAAGAAGACAAAGGUGGUCCGCAAUAAUGACAAUCCCACCUUCAAUGAACUGCUGGAGUACAGUAAUGUCCCACUGCUGUAUGGGAUGGUGCUGGAAGUGACAGUGAAGAGCAAGAAGACUUUUGUGCACGCAACCAACAUUAGACUGGAGGAGGAGUUGCUUGGCAAGGAGACCUGGUUUCCUCUCGGGAACUGUGCAAUCUGACCUCAGAGAGCUGCACUGUAUGCACGCUACCAGCAGGGGGCGCGACCACACUGAGGGAAAGAAUCAAUCCAAAGCUUUCUCAGACUACAUGAAUGAGACACAUUCACCUGAGCAGAGGAGCUAUGCACUCUCAUGUAUGCCUACUUAUCAGAUGCAAUUUAACCUCACACCAGCGCUAAAUAUGCUGGCAGUGGCUGGGGUGUUUGGAUGACGUUACAAUACUGAGUGAAAGACUCGGGGAAGGAGACCGUUUACUGUGUCACGCAUCAUUUACCUUGUGUGUUUAUUUUUAAAUGUCAAUCAAAUGAAGGAGAUUUGCUUACUAGUCCAAUUUUUAUAUGUGGCCUUGGUGAUGAAUGAAGGAAAGAAACUAUUUUUAUUAUCAUACUUGAACUUUUGUUUGUACUUCAAAACAGUCCUUGUAAGUGUGUUUGGUUCGAGACUGUCAAUGUGACAGAUUAAAGAGGAGAUGCUGUUAGGAGCCUGUCUAAUACCUGCUCAGACUGAGUGUGUUUGUCCCUUUGGGCUGUGUCCACUGGAUGUCCUUGACCAGUGGAAUUGGAGGCAGGAGGGUGAGAGGAGCAUGUGAGCAGGAUAACAACUCUGCCUCUCUGGCCUGAGGGGCUCCAUGAGUGGCAUUUAAACACAAUUAUGCAAAUGAAGACACUCACAUGCCCACACAAAUGCACCUGAAAAAGCACCUUCUCACAGGUCCACACUGUUUCCAGGCAGCUCUUCAUGUUAUCUUAAUGCCGUCCUCCUCCUGACAGGCUUGCUGACCCGUCCUCGCCACCGCCUCAUUCUGAAGAUUCGGUGAUGGACGACAGUAGAAAUAGCCCUUCCUGCACUGGAUUUGAUUCAAUAAUGUAUACCUCUGUGAAUGCUAUUUAUAUUAUUCCCUGCUGGGAAGUAGUCUUGGAAGAAAAUCCUGGCUGCUACUUUUUCACAGUAGUACUCAUGGACUAUUAAUGUUUCCUGGAAUCACUCAUCAAUUCAGGAUCUAAUAGAAUAAUUGCAUCUAUUGUUUUGGAAUGGAUGAUUAAUCCCCUAAACGUGUGGUUCUUCUUAUGUGUGAUCAACUCUGCCACAACAAUUGCACUUGCAUCAAUUAUUAAUUCUAUGAUGAUAAGAAUCUAAUAUCCUCCUCCAGGGACUUCUCUAAUACUUCAAUGAUGCCAGUAGAGAGAUAUUCUUCUUUUCAGCACUGCUGGAACCUUCUGGUCUUUUUCCUCUGCAGCAGAGAAAAGGCACGUCUAUUUUCUGACAAUAAAACCGGUAUUUAUAUCUGA